ACAUGCCCAUCUGCUUCCAGGAAAAUGCCGUUGGAAUUGUACCUUGAUCUGCACUCUCAGCCAUGUCGUUCUGUGUUUAUUUUUGCAAAGAAAACAGGCAUUCCAUUUGAUUUUAAGUUUGUCGAUCUGUUUUCAGGCCAGCAGUAUCGGGAUGACUUUGGCAAGAUCAGUGUGGUGAGAAAGGUUCCGGUCAUGAGAGAUGGAGACUUCAUUCUUACUGAGAGUGUUGCAAUCCUCCAGUAUAUGGCUGAAAAAUUUGGUACCUUGGACCAUUGGUACCCAGCAGACCUGCAGAAGCGAGCUCGAGUAAAUGAGUAUCUGUCAUGGCAACAUGCAGCUAUGCGAGCCCAUGGCUCAAAGGUGUUCUGGUUCAGGGCAAUGGUUCCCAUCUUAAGUGGUUCAGAAGUACCCAAGGAGAAAAUGAACUCAGCAAUGGAGGACCUGACGCUGUCUCUAAAGGUGUUUCAUGAGAAGUUCCUGGAGGAUAAACCCUUCAUCAUCGGGGAGAAGAUCUCACUAGCAGACCUGGUGGCCAUAGUAGAGAUCAUGCAGCUGGUUGGCACUGGUCUGGAUGUCUUUGAGAACAGACCCAGUCUCAGUGCCUGGAGAGACAGAGUAAAGAACGAGAUUGGUGGGGCUCUGUUUGAUGAAGCUCACAAGGCCAUCAUGCAUGUGGACAGCCUGCCCCAAACCUUUGAGAAAAAUGGCAUGCUGGAAUUUAUCAAACCCAAAUUUCUGAAGAAGUUCAACUAACUACUGAUGAGAAUAUACUGUAAUUCUACACCAAGUAGCAUAAAUGUCAAUAUUUGUAUUAUUGAUUCCUUAACAGUAAUUAGUGAAAACUAGUGAACUACACAUGUGUACCUUACACAGGAUGUCUUUAA